UUCACUCGCGUGAGUAUCAAUCAUAAACGUUUGGACUUUAAGAAUCUUCAUGAAAUUUACUUCUUACAGGCUAUGUCACUGCUGAAAUUUAUUGAUGUGAAACGCCUUCUUCCGGAGAUUGAGAAACUAGAAAACAAACUAAAAGAUGAAGAAGUUCGAAGGAAUACUGUGGCACAUGAAAUGAUUUUUGUUUGGGCCAGUCAUGAUUUAGGAUUGCAAGUUUCUUCUCUUUGUUGCCGAUGCGUGCGUGAAUCAGGGCAUGAGCAGAUCGUAAACAAAAUGAGCAUUGACAGUGAGAAAAGCAGUGGCUUGAAUGGUUUUCUUAUGAGAUGCGAUGAGCAAUCAUGCAUGGAUGAUAGCAGCUCUCUUGUGAAGGGGAGGGAAUACAGUAUGAAGAAUGAUGUUCUAUGUGCACUGUUCGAGAACCCACUGUUUGAUAAUCAUAUUCCUGAGCUACAUAAAAAUGUUACAAUGCCUGAAAAGACAAUCACCGAAGCAGGUAUAAAACAAAGAACGCUUUGGCAUGAAUAUAAUGGUGGUCAAUCGAGGAAAAAUAGAUUUCAAAAUCAGCAAAGGUAUGCGAUGGAAACAGUAAACAUUGGAAAACCCAGUUUAUCUGACCCAUCAUUGGAUCGAGAGACAUGGAAAGGGGCGGGGUCAUGUAGGGAUGACAGGAGAGUAAAAGGGUCUUUGGAAAAGUCGAAUUUUGGUUGGAGUUCAGAGACUUCUAGGGGAAUUGAGGGGAGAAACAGCGGUUUUGGGCAACCUAGAAAUGCUACGUGCGCCCACGGGAGUGGAAGCUGGCAGCAGGAUACUCCACCUGACAUUGAUUUGCAUGGUCGAGUCCGAGGCAGAGGAAAUGGGUCUUUUGAAGAACAGAGUUUCAGUCAGACUUCGGUGCCCGUUAGAGGAAUUCAGGCUAGAAAUGGUGGUUUCAACGAAUCAGGAAAUGGCUCGAGGGCCGACAGGAGUGAUAACUGGAGAUCCACUUCUCAGCUUCCGGCAUCACCAACUUAUCGGGGUCGAGGAAGAGGCUGUUCUGAGCCAUCUUCUUCAAGCCGAAGAUGGUAGUUAUGACAGUUAUUUUCUAUGGGGACCUUGGAUAGGGUGUUUUGCAUUUUGUUUUGAGGGUGUGUUUGGCACCCUAUUUCAUGAAAUAUGAAAAUUUGCACUAAAUUGGAUUGAUAAAGACUGAUAAAUCACGAAAUAUAUUGAUAUUUGGUACAACCAAACACGCCCUUCGUGGCUCUGUUUUGGGUGAUCAUUGGUAGUUAAAACAUUUACUCUGGGGAUCCUGUCAGUGUUUUUUGUUUUUUUUGUU